GGCGUUUCCAUUACAUAAUGCUAGUCUCGGACGAAUAGAGUUAGAAGAAAGAGGAUAGAAGACGGAGGUUGAUCCAGGUUCGGCUGGAAGAGGUGGAGGAAGCGUAUAGAAUGGCCUUUCAGCAUCAACCUGGCACCGCUAUGGAAUGCCUCAGUAUUCCAAUUAAGCUUGCUAAAGAACCAGGAUUAGAUUCAGAAGGACGAGAAGUUCUAAAGUGUGGGUUUAAAAUAGGUGGAGGAAUUGACCAAGAUUUUCGUAAAAGUCCUCAAGGUUAUACAGAUAAUGGUAUUUAUGUUACUGAGGUUACAGAAGAUAGUCCAGCUGGAAAAUGUGGCUUAAAAGUUCAUGACAAAAUUUUACAGGUAAAUGGAUACGAUUUUACAAUGGUUACACAUAAGAAGGCAGUAGAAUACAUCAAAAAGCAUUCUGUUUUAAGUAUGCUAGUGGCAAGGAAGGGGGUAACUCAUUCCUGAAUUUAAUAAUGAAAUUUUCUAUAAAAUUGCCACUAGCUGGCUAGUGACAUUUUUCUGUUCUAUUUGUAAAUUUUGAUUUCUUGUAUUUGUGAAAUGCUGGCACAAUCUCAUAUUUCAUUCCAAUCAUAUUGCAAUCAAAAACUUUACUAAUAAUUAAUAAAAAUUUUAAUUAUUGGGACCAUCACUUUCUAUUGAACAAUUUCUGCACUUUAAAAUCCCAAUUUAUAUAGAAAGUACAAAGAAAUCAAAGCAACUUUGUCUUGUGUUUUAUUAUCGUGAUUGAUUUAUAUAAAAUAAUUUAUACAAUUAAGGCAAUACUUAAAAUGCGAUGUUAUCUUGUCAAACUAUAUUUAAUUGUGAAUAUUUAUACUAUAUAUACAUUGAACUUUAUCCAUUACAAAGAUUAUAAGUUUUGGAGUUAAAAUUUUUUAUUUUAUCAGAAACAAUGUGAAAAUUUACAAAUUUUAAUGAGUGCCAAGUAAAUAGUAAAGAUUGAUUUUUAUUUAGAAGGAAGUGUGUUUAUACAUCAGAAGCAAAUCCUACCUAUUUUAUUCUUCUGGUGGGUAACUAGUCCUAUGUUGGUGAUUGUUAAUGUUGUUGUUAUAUAAAUCAUAUUCCAUUUUAAGUAUAAAUGUAUCAUCAAUUUGAAUUUGUGGUUUUGCAGAAAUUUCAUAAGAUUAUUCUUUUGGAUAUAAAUAAAUAAAUAUUGGUAAUAAUAUAACUGGUGUUAUAAAUUAAAUUAGAAAUGCAUUUAUAUCUGGUGUUAACUUUGCUUUAAUGUCAAUAAAUUUACAGUAUUAAUUAAUGUUUGUUUGUAUUGAAUGAAUUUUAAUGUACUGUGUAUUAAACUUGUCCACUUUGGAACCAUAAUAAAAUUGUUUUGAAAUUUAAA